UUAGAGUCUAGAUUCUGUUCCCAAGCUACAUAAAGUUCCAAACUUUUCAGACUUUAAAGUUCCAAAGUCUGCUCUAGAUUCACAGCGUUUUGGAAAAGGGUUCUGGGAAUACCAAAAAAGGUUUUGGAACUGGUACCUGAAAUAGGUUCCGUUGAAAUAAGUGCAGGUCCCAGAUUGGUUUCUGGAAUCACAGUGGAUCCUAGAAUUGGUUCCAAAGCGACAUAAAGUUCUAGAAUCCCUGCAGGUUCAAAAUUUUUCCCUUGGAUUGCAGCUUUCCAGAAAAGGGUUCUGGAAUUGUAGACGGUUCUAGAACCUGUAUUCUGAGUAGGUAUUGUAAAAAGAGCAGGUUCCCCAGGGUUCUGGACAACAAAAUCUUGAUCAAGAAGGAUGGUUUCUGGAGUCUCAAAAGUGGACUCUGUAAAAGGUUCUGGAAUCAAAACGAGACCGAGAUUGGGUUCCGGGUCUCCAUCAGCACCCGGGAGGUUAACCAUGCUUCUUGUCGCCUUGUGUUUGGCGUUUGUCGGUCCGGUUGGUUGUCAGGGUAACUCAUCGUCUGAGCCACCUCUGUCAGAUCUGAUGAUGUUGGACCGGCCUGACUUCCACGGGACCGACUCACCUCUAGAACCGGCGCUGGACCUCCAGAUCCAGACCUCGGACAGAGAGACACACCUGGUUCAAGAGACCGUCAACAAAGCCUUAUCCUCGAUGGAAAAAGUCAAAGCAAAACAUAGCAGUAAGCUGAAACACAAACCUGAAAGAAAACCUCACCCGCCUUCCUCUAACUCCUCUCUGGCGGUUCAUAAACGUCCAGUAUCGCCUCCUAGCUGCCUGGAGGCCACAUCGAUCAAAACCGCCUUCAAGUACAUCAACACGGUGCUGUCAUGUGUGAUCUUUGCUGUUGGGAUCAUUGGGAACGCCACCCUGCUGAGGAUUAUCUGUCAAAAUAAAAGCAUGAGGAAUGGACCCAACCUCCUGAUAGCCAGCCUGGCCCUGGGAGACCUGAUUUACAUCGCCAUUGACAUACCGAUCAACGUGUACAAGCUCCUGGCGAUGCGGUGGCCCUUCGCUGACAGUGUGUUUGGUCUGUUCCUCUGUAAGCUGUUCCCCUUCCUGCAGAAAGCUUCAGUGGGCAUCACCGUCCUCAACCUGUGUGCUCUGAGCGUGGACAGGUAUCGUGCGGUGGCGUCCUGGUCGCGGGUUCAGGGCACGGGUGUUCCCACGGUAACAGCCGUUGAGAUAGUCGUGAUCUGGCUGCUGUCCCUCCUGUUGGCGGUGCCCGAGGCCAUCGGCUUCAACAUGGUCACCUUCGACUACAAGAACGUUACCAUGACGACCUGCAUGCUGCAGCCCACGACACCCUUCAUGACGUUCUACAGGGACGCCAAGGACUGGUGGCUGUUCGGCUUCUACUUCUGCGUCCCGCUGACCUGCUCAGCUGUGUUCUACGGACUCAUGACCUGUGAGAUGCUCCGACACCAGAAGGGAAGUCUGAGGAUCGCACUGAGCGAGCACCUCAAACAGCGUCGAGAAGUAGCUAAAGCCGUGUUCUGCCUGGUGCUGAUCUUCGCUCUGUGCUGGUUUCCUCUUCACCUGAGCCGCCUUCUGAAGAGAACCGUCUACAAACCUCAUGACGCACACCGCUGCGAACUCCUGAAUUUCCUGUUGGUGCUCGACUACUUCAGCAUCAACAUGGCCACCAUCAACUCCUGCAUCAAUCCCAUAAUUCUCUUCUUCGUCUCCAAGAAGUUCAAAAACUGCUUCAAGUCCUGUCUGUGUUGUUGGUGUUAUUCUGGCUCUCUCUCCAACAGCAUGCUGCCGCUUCACCACGGGACGAGCCUGCAGUACAAACACACUGACCACUGAGACAAAGAGAGACACAAACAUAUCCACACAGCGACACAACUCAACCAGACACGCCCACAUCGAUACAACACAUAACCACUAUAUCGAUCUGUUAAUGUGUCGUUUUUAAACCUUUUCAAUGUGUAUUUAUUCAUCUCUAAAUGUUUUAUUUCCCCACAGACUUUUAAUUAUAUAUACAGUCACAUGUUAAUAAAAGCUUUUGUCAGGAGUUAAGACUUUGCUCUCAGAGGAAAUAUUGAUUGCACAUAAUUAAGAAUCACAUAUUUAUGUUGUUUUUCUGUAAGCCAUGCUGUGUUUUUAUCUUUGUGUUUUAUAUGUCAAAUAUACAUUUUUCCUGUGAUGACAUAAAACAGCUGUGAGCGCCCUCUAGUGGCUGACACUGUCAUUACACACAACAAUCUAUUACUGAAAGAGGAAACUGAGGUUGUUUUAGAGCCUUAACGUCCUCUGAUGGGACCUAAAAUGACCUGAAGGUGGCGCUAAUGGAGUCAUAAAGUAGAAGCCAGAACAUAAACAGUAAUGUUUAUUAUCAGGGCUUUAAAUCCAGCAGACAUCUGGUCAAGUAUCUGUUCAUACUGCUGACAUCUACGUUCAGUCUGACAUUUUAACAUGUUUUUAUAUAUUUGUAUUUAUCAA